AUGCACCUAGUAGCUCUGUGCGUUGUUCUCUUCGGCUCUGUGGCAGCAUUGCCUGUCGAUCAGGUUGAUACGUUUAAUAACCUUGGAGAUGAUUUAGAUGACUUUUACCCUGAAGAGAAUCCAGGUCUGUUUGAGGGUGAUAUUGUUCUCAGAGGAGACCAGACUGUAAGUCACAAAAACGCCAUCAUUGGAAGCUACCAUCAUUGGCCCAAUGGAAUUGUUCCUUACACCGUCCAUUCCUCUCACAGUUCGGCAUCCGACAGAGCAAUCUUUGCCAAGGCCAUGGGAGAAAUCAUGAACAAAACCAAGGUCAACGGUCAAAGCUGUAUCACAUUUGUUCCACGUACCAAUGAGGAUACAUACAUCCAAUUUACUUCAGGAUCUGGCUGCCAUACGCCAAUCGGAUACAUGCACAGGCACAGGUCUGAUGUCACACUUGGACGCGGAUGUUUACGCCACGGCACCGUCAUACACGAAAUCUUGCACGCGCUCGGAUUCUGGCACGAACAAAGCCGUGCUGAUCGUGACAACUACGUAACCAUCAACUGGAGCAACAUUCAACACGGCCACGAAAGCAACUUUAAUAAGUAUGAGCUUGGACGUAACAUCGACCAUCUGGGAAUGCCUUAUGACUACGGAUCCGUCAUGCACUACAGUGCUUACGCCUUCGCUGUCGACAGGAGCAAGAUGACCAUUAUCCCAAAACAGAGCGGCGUGACCAUCGGUCAGCGAGUUCGACUUAGUGACCAAGACGCAAAGGAAGUCCAAAUUUAUUACGGAUGUGUUGCACGUCCCGACAACCAUAACACGGUCGUUCCACACCAGUUCUCUGGCACCACUUCGUCACCACAUCACACUUCAGCACCUCACCAUACAUCUGCUCCAGUCACAACCCACAAACCUGUUAUCACUCACAUUACAGCAUCACCCCAUCCGGUCACCAAUGGAGCUACUACCUGUAGUUUUGACCAUGGUCUCUGCGGAUGGACACAGUCACACACUGACACUUUGGACUGGUCAGUUGGUCAUGGUUCUACCCCUAGUCGUAACACUGGACCGCAUGCUGAUCACGACAACAGCGCCUCUGCUAAGUACCUUUUCCUGGAGUCUUCCCGCCACUACCAUAAGACAGCAGUCCUUGUUUCGCCAUCCUAUCGGGCCGGUGAAUACUGCUUCAGGUUUUGGUACAACAUGAACGGUGAUGGUAUCGGCUCCUUAAAGAUGUACUUCGUACAUGGUUCUCACCGAACUCUUAUGAGGACGGUGUCUGGUAACCAUAACGACAUUUGGCAUCAUGCCACCAUGCACCUCAGAAUUGGAGGGUCUUCCAACUUCCACUUCGAGCUUGAAGGUGCAACUGGAGGAAAUUUCCACGGUGACUUAGCUAUUGAUGAUGUUCAGGUUACCCCUGGUCAAUGUACUCAUUAA